GAAAAGAGAGGGUUUCAUACGGCUAAUGGCGCCCGUGUUGGCCUGUCCGAUCAAUUCUUCCGCUUCUUCUGAAAACACGAGAAAUGGCCUGCUCCGCUGUGCGGUCGCCUCUCCUGCGUAACCAUGCGGUAAGGCACUACGCAGCUGUCGCAGCAACUCAAUCCUCCAGUGCAGCAGUCCCUGAGCUUCAGGUACUGCCGGGCAAUAAAAUAACGGUUGCUGCGGUCGAUAACAAUAAUCCUAUCGCCAAAUUGUCGAUUAUCUUCAGAGCUGGCUCGCGCAAUGAGACCUACGACACCCAGGGUAUAACGCAUCACCUUCGCGUCUUCGCUGGCUUGAGCACUUGCCGAUCCACCGUCUUCGGCAUCACCAGAAACAUCCAACAGCUCGGUGGCAACUUAACCGCCACGUCAGACCGCGAGAGUAUCACUUACACUGUGCAAGUCACAAGGGACAAACUAAGCGACACCUUGACUUUCCUGGAGGACGUCGCCACCCAGCAGGUGUUCAAACCGUGGGAGAUAUCCGACCAGCUUCCCAGGUUACGUUACGAAUUAUCCACGGUGCCCGAGACGACUCGAGUGAUGGAGCUGCUGCACAAAGCGGCGUAUCGCUCCGGGCUCGGUUAUUCCCUGUACUCGCCGAAGAGGCAACUCGGGAAAAUCAGUACGGAAACGCUGCAACAUUUCGUCAACACCUGGUUCACCGGGUCGAACUGCGCGGUCGUGGCCACCGGCGUCCCGCUGUCGAGCGUCUCGCAGUUCGCCUCGAGCUUGAAGGUCGCCUCCGGCGAGAAAGCACCGCCGGCCAGCGAGUACCACGGAGGCGAGCUUCGCAAGGAGCGGACGUCCGAGCUGACCACCGUGGCGGUGGCUGCGGAAGCCUCCGGUCUGAACAAGGAGAAGGACGCUCUGGCUUUCGCCGUGCUGCAGAGAGCGAUCGGUAGCGGACCUCGCGUCAAAUGGGGCACAAGCGUGUCCCCGUUGCAGAGGAAGGCUUCUGGUGCGGCGAACGCCGACCAAUUCGCCGUCUCCGCGUUCAACGCCAGUUACACCGACUCCGGGCUCUUCGGCUUCGUCGUCUGCUCGAUGCCCGAUGUCGCCGGUUCCAUCGUAAAAGCUGCCAGCUCGUAUCUAAGAUCGCCGAAUCUCUCCGACGCGGACGUUGCGCGCGGCAAGGCCACGUUGAAAGCGGAAAUACUGUUCGCCGCGGACGACGGCGCGUUGCUGUUGGAAAAUCUGAGCCAGCAGGCGCUCUUCAAGGGACGCGUGUAUAAAAUAUCCGACCUCGUCGCCGAAGUCGAGAAGAUAAGCACGUCCGACGUGAAAUCGGUCGCCGGGAAAUUCAACUCUGGGAAAUUGUCCAUGGCCUCGAUCGGCGAUUUAAGUACCGUUCCACACGUCGAUCAAUUAAAUUAGACAUCGCGAAAGUCCCGGACGGCGAAUCGCCGAUUCCCAAAGCUCACACAGCCCGGAGAUGUACACAUAUUCAUCGGUACGAAGAGAAUCGGUCGAGUCGGAUAUUGAUGUAAAAAUAACAAUCGUUGUAGAGAGUUUAUAUAGCAUGCCUUUGCCACGAGGUGCUCGUUUCACCUAUAAUAUAUGAUGACAGAGAAGAAAUGGCGAAUAAAACAGGUGGGAUGUUGAAAAUU